CUCAGUACCCCGCAUUCACUAUAUCCGGUCCCCCAGGACCCCGCAUUCACUAUAUCCGGUCCCCCAGGACCCCGCAUUCACUAUAUCCGGUCCCCCAGGACCCCGCAUUCACUAUAUCCGGUCCCCCAGGACCCCGCAUUCACUAUAUCCGGUCCCCCAGGACCCCGCAUUCACUAUAUCCGGUCCCCCAGGACCCCGCAUUCACUAUAUCCGGUCUCCCAGGACCCCGCAUUCACUAUAUCCGGUCUCCCAGGACCCCGCAUUCACUAUAUCCGGUCUCCCAGGACCCCGCAUUCACUAUAUCCGGUCUCCCAGGACCCCGCAUUCACUAUAUCCGGUCUCCCAGGAGGACCCCGCAUUCACUAUAUCCGGUCUCCCAGGACCCCGCAUUCACUAUAUCCGGUCUCCCAGGACCCCGCAUUCACUAUAUCAGGUCUCCCACAGACCCUGCAUUCACUAUAUCUGGUCUCCCACAGUACACAGAACAUG